GGCGCCAUGGCGGCGGGCGAGGCGGCGGCGGCGGCGGAGGCGGCGGCAGCAGCAGCAGGUCCCAGCCCCCUGAGCCCGGGUCUGCGCGCUGCCCCCGGGGGCCCCGCCGGCCCGGGGGGCGGCCUGGAGCCGCGGAAGAAGAGGAAGAAGCACAGCAUUGCAUCCAUCAAUCUGACCAGCUGCAAGUAUGACAGUGUGCGGCGUGCUGCACAAAGGUGUGGGCUGAAAGAAGUGGGAGAAAAUGAGGACUGGACAAUAUAUUGGACUGACUACUCAGUCUCUCUGGAGCGUGUCAUGGAAUUGAAACGGUUUCAGAAAAUCAACCAUUUUCCAGGCAUGACAGAGAUCUGCCGUAAGGACUUGUUGGCUCGCAAUCUUAACCGCAUGCUCAAACUCUUCCCCAAGGAGUACAGUAUUUUUCCCCGUACUUGGUGCCUGCCAGCUGACUAUGGAGAUUUCCAGGCCUAUAGUCGUGUGAGGAAAAAUAGAACGUUCAUCUGCAAGCCAGACAGCGGCUGCCAAGGGAGAGGUAUCUUCAUAACACAUAACCCAAAGGAUAUCAAGCAUGGAGAGCAUAUGAUUUGUCAGCAGUAUAUCUCUAAGCCUUUCCUUAUUGAUGGCUUCAAAUUUGACAUGCGUAUCUAUGUGCUGGUCACAUCCUGUGACCCGCUGAAGAUUUUUGUCUACAAGGAGGGUCUGGCCCGGUUUGCUACCAUGAGGAAACUGUCCACCCUGAACGCCUGGAUGAUGGAUAACAGCUACAACACAAAGAAACUCUGGGAAGAUAUCGAAGAUAUUGUUAUAAAGACCCUUAUUUCAGCUCACCCUGUUGUGAAGCACAAUUACCAAAGCUGCUUUCCUAACCACACUACUGGCUGUGCCUGCUUUGAGAUACUGGGUUUUGAUAUUUUGCUAGAUAGAAAGUUGAAACCGUGGCUACUAGAGGUGAAUCACUCUCCCAGCUUCACUACAGACUCAUGCCUGGACCGUGAAGUGAAGGAUGCUCUUCUCUGUGAUACCAUCAACCUGAUAAAUGUGCAUGCCUGUGACAAAAGGAAGGUGCUGGAGGAAGACAAGCAGCGGGUAAAGGAACGACUCCUUCGGGCCCAUCAGACUGCCCAUGUAUCCAGACGCGAGGAGUUAGAGAGCAACCAGGCUGCCUGGCUGGCUCAGGCAGAGAAGUAUGAGAACUCCCACCUGGGAGGUUACCGGCGCAUUUACCCAGCACGUGGAACAGACAAGUAUGAGCCAUUUUUCAAGCAAAGUGGCUCCCUCUUCCAGGAAACAGCAGCAUCCAAAGCACGAGAGCAGUGCGCCAGGCAGCAACUGGAAGAAAUUCGCUUGAAGAAAGAAGAGUGGGAAGUUGUUACUGGGAAAAAGAAGAAAAAGGAGAGAAAAGAAAUCCUGCAAGGAGAAUCAGCUGGGGAGAAAUCCCAGAUCCAUAACAAAACCAGAGCUCCUACAACCCAGCUCAUCUACAGAAGCACCAGGAUGUGGGACAGAAAGAUGCAACAAAUGCAGUAUGACUCUAUGCAACCCCAGGAUAUUGUGGAAAAGGAGGAGCAGAAAAGAGUGAAGGCUCUUCUGCAGCGUGAGAACCUCAUCCGAGGUCUAGGCAUCAUAGAUCAGCUCUCCUGGCUGAUCCCCACAAUUCAUAGAUCAACGGACAACCACGGCUCCUGCACUGUUGUCUCCAACAACCAGCCGCAGUUCGUUCGGCAUACGUUCAGGGGACGGGAGGCCCACAGUUUAAUGACAGUCAUCCCCCUCUCACUCCUGGGAGGUGCAGUCCCGGCUUCAGGACAACAGAUCAUACGCAAGCCUACAGCCAAGGCCCAGCUGCCGGCCAGCCAGAGCUUUGAUCCUACCACCUCGGGCUCCCUCUCAGUCCGGGGCCAGAGCGUUCCUUACCAGGAACACUGCAAGAUGCAGCGUUGCCUCCAGCCACAGAACACCAGCUGGCUGCGGAGCCAGGCAGCGCUGGCUGCCGGCGUUACCAAACCCUGCACCAAACCUGCGGUGCUGCAGGUGAGAGGCCAGCGGUUCUCUGGUGCCACAAACGAGACUGAAGGCUGUGAGUACACGAUCUGAAAGCCUGCCAUUCCUUUAAAUGUGCCCCUCUCUCUAGGUGCCCCUCUGGACCAUUUGGGGGAACUUGAAUUAGCUGGCUCCCGUGGCUGCCUAGCUCUCCUGCUGCCGUCGGUAUGUUUGUUAAAAUGUGCAUCCUUCUGUUUGAUCAUAAGAGACCAGCAAAGACCCAUCUUA